AAGAGGAUACAGCUGAUAAUAUUUCCUUUGAAGUCAAACAUUAAGCAAGCCUUAAAGUAAUCUCAGGCUAAGUUGCAAAAAAGUAAAAGUUAUUUUUGUUUGUUUGUUGUGAGGAUUUUCGAGUGGCGAUCAGGAGAAUCGGAUGUUAAAUCCGAUCGUCGGCGAUCGGAGAUGCUACUCGCCGGUGGUCACGGUGGUGAAGGCGGAGUUAGGCCGUUGUGAUGCUGGUGGUGACAGUGACAAAGGAGGAGGAGAAGAAGGAGAAGAGUCGGUGGCGGUUUUGCUCGAGAGUAGUAGUACGAGUAGGAGUGUUUUUAUAGUUGGAGGAUGAGGAAAGGGAAAGGAAGGAACAAUGGCUUGUUGCCGAAUUCUUUGAGGAUAAUAUCGUCUUGUUUGAAGACUGUUUCCUCGAAUGCUAGUAACGUCGCAUCCACGGUUCGCUCCGCUGGUGCUUCCGUCGCUGCUUCCAUUUCUACUUCUUCUGAAGAUCAUAAAGAUCAGGUAACAUGGGCUGGCUUUGACAGGUUGGAACUUGGUCCGUCUCACUUCAAGCGUGUCCUCUUACUUGGUUACCAGAAUGGAUUUCAAGUCCUUGAUGUGGAGGAUGCCUCUAACUAUAGUGAACUAGUUUCAAAGCGUGAUGGUCCAGUUUCCUUCUUACAGAUGCAGCCUUGCCCCCUGAGUUCAGAUGGACAAGAAGGAUUCAAGUCAUCGCAUCCUAUGCUAUUGGUCGUUGCUGGUUAUGACACCAAUAGUUCAAGAUUGGCUCAGAACACUGGCCAUUCAGUUGGGGUGGCCCAAGAUUGCCGUAUGGAGCCACAGUCAGGAAACACUGUCAACUCACCUACAACAGUUCGAUUUUACUCUCUCCAGUCUCACUCUUAUGUGCAUGUGCUGAGAUUUCGAUCAUCGGUUUGCAUGAUUAGAUGCAGUUCCCGGAUUGUAGCGGUAGGUCUUGCAACACAGAUAUAUUGUUUUGAUGCCCUCACUCUCGAGAAUAAGUUUAGUGUCCUCACCUAUCCUGUUCCCCAGUUGGCAGGACAAGGGGCUGUUGGGGUUAAUGUCGGCUUGGGUCCAAUGGCUGUGGGUCCAAGGUGGUUAGCAUAUGCUUCCAAUAAUCCACUGUUGUCUAACACUGGACGGUUAAGCCCACAAAACCUUACCCCUUCUCCUGGUGUCAGUCCAUCAACAUCCCCUGGUGGAAGUAGUUUGGUUGCUCGUUAUGCAAUGGAAUCUAGUAAGCAUUUGGCAACUGGGCUAAUCAACCUGGGAGAUAUGGGAUACAGGACUUUAUCCAAGUGUUGUCAAGAGCUACUUCCUGAUGGCUCACAUUCCCCCGUGUCACAGAAUUCAGUUUGGAAAGUUGGAAGACUUGCAGGAACUGAUAUGGACAAUGCAGGAAUGGUUGUCAUAAAGGAUUUUGUUUCUCGAGAUGUUAUAUCUCAAUUUAAAGCUCAUACAAGCCCAAUCUCUGCACUAAGUUUUGACCCUAGUGGGACCCUUCUGGUUACUGCAUCAGUAUAUGGAAAUAAUAUAAACAUCUUCAGGAUCAUGCCAUCGUAUGUGCGCUCUGGAUCCGGUGUGCAAAGUUCUGACUGGAGCUCUUCUCAUGUGCAUCUUUACAAGCUACAUCGGGGAAUGACAUCAGCUAUGAUUCAAGAUAUUUGCUUUAGUCACUAUAGUCAGUGGGUUGCGAUUGUUUCAUCCAAGGGAACUUGCCAUAUUUUUGUCUUGUCCCCAUUUGGAGGUGAUACAGGAUUUCAAACGCUUAGUUCUCAGGGUGAAGAACCCUCCCUUUUUCCAGUUAUAUCCCUACCAUGGUGGUCUACCUCAUCUUGUGUCACUAAUCAGCAAUCUUUCCCACCCCCACUACCUGUUGCCCUUUCUGUUGUCAGCAGGAUAAAAUAUAGUAGUUUUGGAUGGCUUAAUACAGUAAGCAAUGCUGCGAAUUCUGCGACAGGAAAGGUUUUUGUGCCAUCUGGUGCUGUUGCUGCUGCUUUUCAUAAUUCUAUAUCGCUCGCUCCUCAGCAUGUUGUUUCAAGAACUAAUUCCUUGGAACAUCUCUUAGUUUAUACUCCAUCAGGUCAUGUAGUUCAACAUGAGCUUCUCCCGUCAAUUGGGGCAGAUUCAGGAGCAAGUAAUUUAAGAUUCCAGACAGCUUCAUAUACACACGUACAAGAGGAUGACUUGAGGGUGAAGGUUGAACCUGUUCAGUGGUGGGAUGUAUGUAGGAGGUCAGAUUGGCCAGAAAGAGAGGAAAGUAUUUCUAAGGCUACCCUUGAGAGACAAGAUUUAGCUGAAGUUGUUCAAAGUAAAUCAGUUUGUGAGGAAUACAGCAUUAAUUCUCUGGAAAUUAAUGAUAAUGCCCGUGGAGAGAAGACUUCAACACCUCUUCCCACAAAGCCCCAUGAGAGCUUCCACUGGUACCUCUCUAAUGCAGAGGUGCAAGUAAACUCCUGGAGGUUACCAACAUGGCAAAAGUCUAAGAUUUCUUUCUAUAUGAUGGAUUCUUCAAGAGCCAAUAGUCAUAAUGGUGGUGAGUUUGAAAUUGAGGAGGUCCCAGUUCAUGAAGUUGAAAUCAAAAGCAAGGAAUUAUUACCUUUUUUUGAUCGCUUCCAUCGAAUCAAAUCAAGCUGGAAUGACAGGUGUUUUUCCGUUGGGAAAUAUCCUCUGUCCUUGUCUCCUGAUCUUCAUCAAGGUGAAUAUAAAGCCUCGCAAGAGAUUAUUAUUUGUCAUUCAAAACCAGCGUCACUUAGCUCCACUGAAAGUUCUGAAGGAGGUUCAUCAAGGAGACUGGAUAAUAUACUUGAUUUCGAUCAGAUUAACAGCGAAAAGCCUUAUCCAUCCAUCUACCAGGGUCUGAAUGAAACUUGCCAUGGAAAAAUGGGGAAUGGCUUCAUUGAGCCAUUGGUGUUGAAUCAGGAGUCUUUGACUGUCAAAUCUUCUCCAUUUCAGCACUCAGAGAAUAUAUAUAAUGAUACCGGUCACUCUGAGAGAAGUGAUUUUUCCUCUCUGGAGAGGGAGUUGCCUCCAUCAAGAAGUAAGGCUGAAGGAAUACCUUCUUUCAAUGCUGUAGGGAUCGGUGCUGCCUCAAUGUUGCAUGUAGACCACUAUGAUGCACCUAAAAACAUUCUGGCAGAUGAAUCAUCACUUUCUGCACAACAGAUUGCGGUUGAUUUUGUGCACUUCCGGGAAGGGCACUAUGAAAUCAUACAGCAGAAUGGAAGUGGCAAGUUGUCUGUACAUGCAAAUGAUGAUGUCGACAGCAUCAGCAGCAACCACUGUGGAAAGGAAAAACUGGAAGAAGAUGGGGAAAAUGAUGAAAUGCUAGGUGGCAUAUUUCUGUUCUCUGAAGAAGGUUGAACCGGAUUCAUCAGUCACGGUAUUGGUUUGACCACUGUGGAAAGCUUAGCAAAGGUAUGUUUUUGGAUUCAAAAUGCAUUGCACCCUGUAAAUAAAGGGUGGGGGAGGGCAAUGGUGGUUGUGUUGUAUACUUAAAGUGUAGCAAGAACGACGCUUCAUCGUUCCCUUCCUCUCUUUUGUACAUGUUAUUCAGCUGGCAAUACGUAAAAAUGGAUGAGAGUAUUGAGCUUAGGAGAAGGGGGUAAAACUCAUUCUGGUACUUAGAUUUGGGUUGAAGUUCCUUUGUGUUGAUGAUAUUGGAUUUGUUUGUAUGUACAGAAAACUGUGUGAAGUUGUUGGUCUCAAUCUGUAUUAACAAUAUUGUUUGUCUGGUGAUGAAAAUGAAAAAAAAGAAGAAAAAGCAAAUGAAAUGACUGUAAGGUAUCCAUAAA